UCCAGCAUGAAGGAUCUUGCUGCACAAAAUAUUUCAUUCACAAACUUUAAGCUGAUUGGUUUCUACAAUUUAGGAGAAUGGCGGCCUUUUUGUUUAUUCCUUUUUCUGAUGUUUUUAUUGGCUAUCACAGCAAAUUCUAUUAUCAUAUAUUUAAUCAAAUCUCAAAAGUCUCUUCAUUCUCCUAUGUAUGUAUUAAUUGGUGUUAUGGCUGUCUUAGACUUGAUCUUGCCAAUAUUUUUUGUACCUAACAUGCUUCUUAGCUUUUUAUUCAAUUGGAGUGGCAUAUCUCUGACCGGUUGUUUGAUACAAAUGUUUGGCAUUCAUUUUGUUGGAGCAUUUCAAUCUACUUUGCUUCUGUGGAUGGCACUGGAUCGCUACUUUGCGAUAUGCAAGCCACUUAAUUAUCAUAAAUACAUGGAAAUUGCUAACUUUGCAAAAUUUGUUUUCGUGCCGUUAUUUAGAAAUGGAUUUCUGAUGGUCACUAUGGUCUCUUUAGCAGGAAAACUGUCAUUUUGUACAGAUAUAAUUGAUCACUGUUUAUGUGAGCACAUGGCACUGGUUCAGUUAGCAUGUGGAGAUACAUCUAUUAAUAACAUUGUAGGACUUCUGUCUGCUUUCAUUAUCCCAACUACUGAUUUUAUUCUUGUUACAAUUUCAUAUAUUGUGAUUUUUACCUCUGUGUUUAGAUCUGUUAAGGUUCAUUUAAAGGCCAUAAAUACCUGCAUUACCCACAUCAUUGUUAUAACACUUAGUUUGACUUCAGCAUUGAUUGCAUUUAUGUCCUACAGAAUAAGGAGUAAUGUUUCUUCCAGCAACCGUAUAUUUAUGAGCAUUAUAUACAUUCUGUUUCCAAGCUGUUUUAACCCAAUAAUCUAUGGGUGGAGAACAAAAGAAUUAAGACGAACUUUUCACGAACUUAUAAAGAAAAGAAAUGUUUUACCUUUGUGA